AUGGCCACCAAAUCAUAUUCCAUGGAAAAUAAUGUUACAGAAUUUAUCCUUACUGGUCUUAGCCAAAAUGAGGAAGUACAACAACUAUGUUUCUUUUUGUUCUUACUCUUAUAUAUGAUCCUCAUGACUGGAAAUUUUCUCAUUAUAAUGACUAUCCAAAGGAUCCCAAAUCUCAAUUCUCCAAUGUAUUUCUUCCUUAGCUUCCUAUCCUUUGUUGAUAUCUGCUAUUCCUCUGUUACAGCCCCGAAGCUGAUUAUUGACUUCCAAGUCAAGGUCAAAAGCAUUUCUUUUGUGGGUUGUAUGGUCCAGCUCUUUUGUGUCCAUUUAUUUGGCUGCACGGAGAUCUUCAUCCUCACAGUGAUGGCCUAUGACAGGUACGUGGCUAUCUGCAAGCCCCUACGCUAUACAACUAUCAUGGACUGGAAGGUCUGCUCCAUGCUGGUGGUGACCUGUUGGUUGGGAGGAUUUGUGCACUCAUUUAUCCAAACCAUCCUCACCGUACAACUGCCUUUCUGUGGCCCCAACCUGAUUGACCACUACUUCUGCGAUGUCCGCCCUCUGCUGAAGCUGGCCUGCACGGACACGCAUGUGGUGGGGUUCAUCGUGGUGGCCAACAGCGGCAUGAUUUCUCUGAUCUGCUUUGUUAUCCUGGUGGGCUCUUACACUGUCAUCUUGCUUUCCUUCAAAUCCCACUCAUCAGAGGGGAGAAGCAAAGCCCUAUCCACUUGUGCUUCCCACAUCACUGUUGUGAUCUUGUUCUUUGUUCCCUGCAUCUUCAUCUACCUAAGGCCAUCUACCACUUUUACCGAGGACAAGAUGGUGGCUGUGUUUUAUACCAUCAUCACACCCAUGUUGAACCCUCUGAUCUACACCCUGAGAAACACAGAGGUGAAGAGUGCCAUGAAAAGACUCCAGCAAUAG